GCUGUCGUGCCCAGCCCCGAACCUCUCGUGCCCGAGACUCGUGGCGCCCAACCUCACUUGCCAGGCCCCGCAGGUGCAGCUGUCGUGCCCCGACUUUCCUCAGGCGCCGGAGUUCAACCUGUCCUGCCCUGUCGCCCACCCCUUGCCUGCCGAGGAGGACUUCUUCGGCUACGACUUGCCCUCUCUGACUGUCGGCGUUCUCGUUGGCAGCGUGGGCAGUGUGGGUGUGACCUCUUGGGGAAGGCGCAGUAUCCGCAGGGACGACAGCGAGAACGAGGGGGUGGAGGCGGCGGCUAGGGCGCAGGUCUGGCAUGAGCGCCCCAUCACGGGGGUAUCGGUGGUGCAGCCGUCCCUCGUCUCGACGUUCACGAACGACGUUGAUCGCUACGCCGAGGACCUCAGCCAGCAGAGCGACGACAUCGCAGAGGUCAGGUGGAUCAACCAGCCUGGAGACACUUCUGUCGGUGUCGAUGGGCGUCGGAUCUACAGGUUCCUGAACCCUCCCGAUGCGGCCACCUUCGAGCAGCUGAAGCGCGACGGAACCCUCAUGGAGGCGCAGGAGCCGCGAGAGCCGCAGUCCCCCACCGGGGAGCUGGAUUGGCAGGUGUCGCGGGACGUGCAGGCGCAGUGGUGCCCACGGCUCCGCCUGGCUCAGUGUGGGUUGCGACGGAGGACUGCCAUGGGCUCUCUCGAGGUCAGGUUCUGCCUGACCCGCUCCCCGAUGGCACGCAGGUGCUCGGGGAUUGCGCCGUGUUCCCCCCUCCCCGCGGCUAACGUGACGGCUCGCCUGGUGGCGCGCCGAGACGUCGAGAGCUAUGUGGUUGAUGACCUCAGGGUUAUGCACGCGAAGUUCAAUCAAGAGGGAGUCGGACGACGACCUUUCGCCGACGCCGUAGACCACCAGCUAGCGGACAAGCCAGAGGGCGGAGCCAUGGUCGACGGCCCUCGCGCCUGCCUGUCCCUCGUGCGCUCCUGGCGCGACGCGGGUCUCUCGGCGGUGACUCACCGCGAGAGCUGGAUCUGCGAGGCGGCAGGAUCCCCGAGGGCGACCGCUCGGCGCCUCCAGCUCAUUGGGGAUGCGCACCGUGGCUCACCAUCCAUGCCCGACUACUCUGCCAGUGGCGUCUACGUGGGCCUCGCCACAAGGAAGGACGGUGCCUCCACGGUGCCGGCGUUCCAGAAGUACAUAGCCGAGAGCCUGAAGGACCGCUCGGCCAUCCUGAAGGAAGCGCGCAAGGCGAAGCAGGAGGCGGAGCUGGGGCAGAUGGCGGAUCACUUCCUCAGGCUGGAGGCUAGGGCCAGGGACUACGGUGCGCGUCCGCCGCAGGCUGAGUGCAACGAGGUCAUCGACGGCCUCAACAUGCUUCACCCUCCUGCACAGCAGCGCGGCGCUCCCAAUGCUGCUCAGAGGGAGGCCCAUCGGGCCAUUUUCUCCCAGGUGAAGCUUCUGGCUAGCCGCCUCGCGUGCACCGGCGACGAGGCCAAGAGUCCGGUAGUGCAGUAUGGCAGAUCUUGUGUUGACAUCCCCAGAGCGGGAUCGGCUGCGCCCUGGGUUGAGGCGGUGAUCGACCCGGUCGGGAGGGAGUAUCUGCUGCAGUUCGAGACGCGAAUGCUUCGCUCUGCUGAUGAAUGGGGCCAGAUCGUAGAGACCGAGCCCCCCAUCACCCCGUGCAUGGGCGACUGCCUGCGUAAGCAUCAGGACGCUUGCGUCACUUUCGUGGGCGACCUCGUGUCCGCAGGCAUGGUGUCGUUCUCUUUCAAUCCUAAGGACAUUGUGACCACUUUCUUCGCUGCCAAGAAGAACGGUCAGCAGCGCCUCGUCUGGGGCGCCCGUGUUCCGAACAGGCGUUUCCGCCACGCGCCCUCUCAGAGUACGGGGGCGUCGGCGGCCUACGGGAGGAUCGAGCUCGGGCGCGCUGCCGACGACAGCGGCAAAUUCAGGGAUGCCCUGUACUGCGCCCAGGCCGACACACGCAACCCUUUCUACAUACUGGGUCUCAGCGAGGAGCUCGGCCUGUUCUUUUCAUUGCCACCUGUGCCCGAGGCCAUGCUGUCGCAGUAG